UGGUGAAGGUGAAGGUGAGGGGGAAGUGGGAGGUGAGAUGGAAGGUGUUGAGGACGCGGAUUCUCGCGGUCUGGAUGCGAAGCAGACUUCCUCUCUCUGUGAGGCUAUUGAGCAUGUCCAAGAAGAGCAAGCUGUCGACGCACGAGAGAAAGAUGAUGAGCGCAUGCAGAUCGACACUGAUGAGGGAGGUACAACGCAGCAGGACGGCGCCCAGUCUCAAGGCUCGUCAGCAGACAUGUCGCUCCUGGCACCGAAAUCGAGUGUCGAUACGCCGGACGCUACGAUAUGGCCGAAUGAAGUCUCUAAUGGGAGCAAUGCGAAUGGGCAGGAGACUAUCGAAGAGGAUGGAGCUGAGCACGAGAGCCGAUCUUUGAGGGACGCCAUGUCAGCCGCGGUUGCUGACUCUGCUCUUCUACCUUUACAGCAAGGGACUCAAGAGGAGGAUACAAGGAAUGCCGAAGCAUUUCUUCAUCAAGAACAGAAAGACCUCGAAGAUGUUUUCAGCCAUGAGGACAAGCCAGAAGAAUGCCUCUCCAACGAAAGUCACCCUGAAGCUGCGCUGCCCAAUAUGGAAGAUCUGAAGAUUCACGAUGAUGGCGAGCACGAAGACGAACCUAACCAGCAAUUUGCAGCUGAUGAAAGUGUCAUCGUACCUAACCCGUCCGAAGUUGCCCACGAUGAGCGCAUCGAAGAGCCGACAGAGGUAUCUUUGCCCUCCGUUCCCACAUCAGAUGGAGUCGAAGCUGCCUCGCCCAACAUACAACCAGCGUACCAUGUUGACCAAUGUGACAACCAGGAGAAAGAUGACAAACAUCGUGAGGUGGUGGAGCAACCGGACAUGGCGAUGUCGCAAAUCACGCAACUGUCUUCUGCUGUGGCUGAUGCAGUGGGCUUCGAAACGGGUGUGAAUGUUCAGACGACUGAACCGAUUGGCGUUAUGAAUCGGGACAAAGAUCUCAGUUUUCCCGAUCCUUCUUUACGUCCUGCCGUGCAGGCUGAAAACGGAGUCGAUGACAAUAAUCGCCCCGAUCCUUCCAUACGUCCCACCCUUGAGGAUGAUUCUCAAACAGCACUGCGUCUGUCUGAACACCAGCCUACUAUCGAUGAUGAUGAUGAGGAUUUCCAAGGCGUGGAUCCCGAGUAUACUGAUCCGCCUGAAGCACCUGAAAGUUCGACCAUACUGCCUAGCGUCCGUGAGGAGGAGGAUGUCUCUUCCCCUGUUGACGCUCGCCCCGCUGAUACAGGUCAUGCGGGUUCGAUGGAGCAGACGCUUUUGUCUGGCUUGGAGGAGGCUGCUGCAGAGGCAUUGAUGCAAUUGGGGUCAUCGCAUCAUUAUCAUGAUGCUACUGCCAUGGAUGAGGGCAUCCUUUCGAGGGAUGUGCUGCCGGAUAUCCGAGAUAUAUUGUCUACAUCUCCACAAGCCAGGCCGAACGCUUUGGCCGAUACGAACAUAGGAAUGGGCAGCACACUCAAUGGUGGUCUCACAAAUCCAUCAUUCCACAAUACCAACGAGAUGAAUCCAGAUCUCCGGCGUGGAUCAGAAGUCACUUCAAUAUCAACCAGACCGCACAACCUCACAACGAUGCCGUCCAACACAUAUCCAACCAUGGCGAACCAACCGCCUCCUCCCGCUUCCACAGCUUCAGCUCUUGCCGCUGCAAAUACUCAAUCAAAACCGCCCCGCAGGGCCGUCGCCUGCACCGAAUGCAAAAGGAGAAAGUGGAAAUGCGCUCGCGACCCGCCGCGGCCCGAACUACCCUGCGAGCCCUGCCGCAAGGCAAAUAAGACUUGUGUUAAUCCUACGCAGAAUGGUCCAAAGGUUGCUACGAGUUCUCGGUCUGGGUUGCGGAGCCAUGCGAAAUCCAAGGGUCCUUCGAAUGACGCGGUGAUGGGGAUGCAACCUCCAACAGGUCUAGAGCAGCAAGGUGGAUACAGCACUGCGGUUUCUGGCGAUGCUUUUGACCGGAGUGCGAGUCAGCAAGGAGGAUAUCCUUCUGCUAGGCUUGACGCAGUUGGAGUGGAUAUCGCGCGGUCGUCUCAAAAUAUGGCCCCAGACGCCGCUCUGCGUCCAGGUGAUUACCCUCUUUUAUCUGGUAGACCAGACGGAGAUUCUUUUGCAUCGGAUGUCAAUCUAAUCACAAACCCAGGGAAUCUCCCAUCUAGCCAUGCCGCGGCCGAACAGAAAAUCUCUCAACUGGAAGACGACGAUGCUGGUGUCAUUCCAGACGAGAGCGCUAUUCAAAGCAUGCUGGCACGCAAUACCUCCAGCCCAUCAGAGACGGCAGCUGCAUUGCCUGAGAAACGUUUUAUCAAAUUCGCAAAGCAGUCUACGCCCGUGCCGAAUAUCCACCAGACUCUGACAGCCCUUGACACGCAGACAGACCCUACAUUGAAUCUGUCGCUCAAAAGCGAGCUCGAGGGGCAACAGACCCCUGAGAAAGCGGACCAGAAAGCUAAGAGCCCUUCGUCGUCGACGCCCAAAUUCACGCAGUUCUUCGAGUCUGCAGGAAGUCUUUCUUUAGAGCAAAGCGCGACUCGGAAUGCUGACGAGCAACAACAUCUUACGCAACAUCUGGCCGUUGGGUCUAGCAAGGGCGGAAAACGGGAGAGCUUGACGGAUGUUACAUCGGAGCUGUCGGAGGUUCCUGCCAGCCUGGAGAGCCCGACGAAGAUGGUUGCGACGGGAUCUGGGGAAACGACUGAACCUGGGAAUAUAGAAGCCUUUGUGGAGGAGCAGGAGGAGGGAAAGGGGAAGGGCAAAGGAAAGGAAAAUGCCACCAUCGAGCCGGAAGGAGAUGCCGCUCAACAGCUUCUCACACGAGUCCCUCCCACACAGUCUGCCCUUACUUCCACACCUAUGCCCAAACCGAAGAUUCCAGCUCCAAAACCGCGCUCUAAGCUUCCGCUUAAAAGAAAUAGGACUCUUAAUACGCGGGUCAAGAAUCCUUCGAGCUCGAAGAGGAAGGAUAAGGAUUAUAAGCCUGGUGGUGGUGAUGGAGAACAAGAGGAUGAAGGGGAUCAUGACAGCGACGGAGCAGACGAACAGGACAACACCUCUCCCGACAAGAUUUACAACGGCAUUGUCUUGAACGCCGCCAUCGCAGCACCCAAAACCUCCGAUAUCCUCUCAGCACCUCGUGGCUGCACCUCCACCAUCGGCCGUGCCAAACCCAGAGCCAGCUACCCCAGCUCCACCCGUCGGCAGGGCCUCCGCAACAGCACCCUUGCCCAGGCACCUGCCGUGAAUCCUUCUCCUGCAGUCGAACCCACACCUGCUGCUCCAGGCACCACCGCGCAACAAGCACCUAGAAGCGAAGACAAGAACGAAGCUCCCCCCGUCCGCAGUCUCACACCCACAGACCUCAAACCCCGCUACGGGAAGCGGACUACGCGUGCUGAUACCCUGAGGGAGAAACAAGCGGGAACUGGUGACGGUGCUGGUAAAUGUGGUGGUGUUGAUGUUGGUACUGGUGGUCCUCCUACUGCUACUGCCAUGGCUCCCCCGCCCAGGGUAAUUGUGCGGAAGGGCAAGACGACACCGCCGGUAGCGAAGGAGGCAGCGUCGACGGUGGCGGCUGGGAGUAUGAAGAGGAAGGCGCAGGAGGAAGUGUCUAAAUCGACUGGAAUGAAGAGUCCGCCGCGCAAGAGGGCGAGUAGGAGGGUUGGUGAGAGGGUGGAGAAGGGAGCGGAGAAGGCGAAGAAGCAGACAGGAGGGACGGCCAAAAAGGGAGGAAGGUAGGGUAUGUGUGGGUAAGGGAUGUGAUGGAUGGGUUUGCGGUGGAGAUGAUGAGAUGCGAUGAUGGUGUGUAGGAUUUCAUGUGGGUGGUAAAAGUGGUUAAAGGGCGUUUCAGGGUCUGGGACAAGCUGCAUGGGAUGGCGUGUAGUCGAAUGGACAUAGUGGAACAGGCAUGGUGAUCGCUGAGGCGAGGCAUACUGGGCUU